UGGAAUGUGAUGCUUCGCCGCAUGGCGUCGGUGCAGUGCUUUUUCAUCGCAUAGAUGGCGAGAACAGACCGAUUGGAUUUAGAUCUCGGACAUUGACCGUAGCCGAAAGGAAAUACUCCCAGAUCGAACGCGAGGCCUUAGCGCUAGUAUACGGAGUUACUCGGUUCCGGGAUUACCUCCUGGGACGUGAAUUCACGCUGGUCACUGAUCACCGCCCCUUGCUAGGCCUUAUGGGGGCAGAUCGCCAGACCCCGGCUAUGGCCGCUGCAAGAAUUCAAAGGUGGGCUCUGUUGCUGGGAGCUUACAAGUAUAAAUUGAUGUUUAAACCCGGCAAACUGAUGCUCAACUCGGAUGCACUGAGCCGUUUGCCACAAAUGUUGCAGGCGCCGGAACCAGCAGUUGAAGAAUGCGAUGACAUGGUGCUCGCCAUCGACGGAUGGGACCAUCCCGCGGUGUCACGCCAGGAGUUGAAAGCACUGACAGCAGCAGACGAGAUGUUAUCAAGUGUUUGCCGGAAACAGACAGAACAUCGGCGGAAACCCACCGACGACACUACCUGGAGUUUCGCCCCAGGCGACACCAUCUACGUCCGCAACUACGGAGUCGGGGACAAGUGGACACCUGGUAAAGUCAAGUCUACCACAGGUGCCCGGUUGGUGACUGUUCAGACGGAUGAAGGUGUGGUUCGCAGACACACGGAUCAAGUGCGCAAGCGUUCUGCCGACACAUCCGGGACCCCAUCCGCCGAACCCCAGGAAGACCCGAUGCCCACAGAGGAGAGGGCGCUGGAUUCCAGUACCACGUCGGACGGCUCAGAAGCCCCGCCCCAACUGCGGCGUUCCACUCGUACGAAGAAGCCGGUAGAGCGCUACGGUUAUUAAGGGGAAAGGAAUGUUAUCACUUACGUCAGCCGAAUCGGCAUGCGGCAGCUGCCCUUGCGCCGUGUGCCACAUUUUCUUCUUUCCCACCUCCUCCUCCCCCCCUUUUCUAUA